AGUAAACUAAAGACAUUCAAAGAACCAUGGACUACUUUAUAAUGGACGUGGGCGGAGCUCGCCGCAUGUGCUCAGAUUUGGGCUACAUGAAUGACGGCGAGUAUAUGCUAGCAGACAAUUCUGCAGAUGUCCUAGAGGACAUCAUAGAGCAGUUGAGUGGGGAAGCCCCAGCAUGCUGGACUUUCAGACAACAACUUGGAAUAGAGGGCAUUGUUCACAAGGACCUGGUACUGGCAUUCCAAGCAUGCGCUACAAGCCAAGAUGUCUUUGCCUUGCUUGUCAAGUUAUUCGUCCUUUUAACAGAGGACACUCCAAGAGAAUGUGAGAAUUACCCAGAGAUAGCUCUGCUCCAUACGGAGGUUAUAGAUGCCUUCUGUAGCAACAAGGACAUGGUAGAGAUUCUGGUAGGAGAGCUUGGCACAAUGCUAGAGGAGAACGGAGAAUAUGACUUUGAUGAGGAGAGAAUCAGGAUUGUGAACGAUAUGUUUUUGCUCAUUAGGAACAUACUUUAUGAGACAUCCCCUCAUCAGAAAACUCAUCUUUACCUAUUUGCAUUGAAUUUAUUCGAGAAUGAUUUAGGAGCAAUCAUUUCUGCCUACUUAAAGCGAUCUCAAUUGGGCUGCUGGAGCAAUAACAUCACUCAAGUCUUGGCACUUCUGUUCCCAAUGCAGGCGGAAAUUCAUGAAAAGGGCCUCUUAGAGAGAGAAAAGGUCUCACGUAUGAGUCGAGUAACAUCAUCGGUGUACACAACUAGUCAGUUAAAGAAAAGCAGGAACACGAUCGAUGUCAAAUCAGCAAAGAAAUUAUGUGACCAUAUCUAUACAUUAAGAGCAGAGGUCCUAGAGAUGUCCGAAAGCCUACUUGGUAAAUUAGAAAUGUAUGUUAAACAGUUAGAAGAUGAGAAUGCCUCCAACUAUUACUUAUGGCUUAUAGGGGACCUCUUAAAGGCAAUUGAGAACAGCGAUAAACCUCAUGAACAGUUCAGAAAAUUUCCUUUUGUGAAGACCAUGGAAGUCUUACUCUACAUGGGUACAACAGAACUUGAGAUAUUGGCUACUAAAGACCAAACUGAAAGAUUUGAAAUUGCUCGUCAUAGAUUCCCUUUGAUUGCUGGAGAUCUGAAGAUUGCCAUGGUUACACUGUUGUCAUUCACAAAGACUGAACUCUCUGAUGAAAAUGCUGAUCACCUGAUUCAAACAAUCUUCAAGCUGAGUGAGCAGCCUGAUAUGGGUCGAUUCUUUGUGCUGGCGAUCACGCAGUGUAUGGAGGGCGUCCUAGAGGUUGAUCCACUGAAACAUCUUAUCAUGGCAAAUCACAAUCUGCUUCUUCUCAUAGACUUGCUCAGGAAAUCUAAGUUGGAGACAGGAUUCGACAUCAAGAAACAUGUAGAAAUGUUUGCAUCAAGGAAUAUCAUGGCACAGUAUGGACGAGCACUAGAAGCAUUCGAGACCAAUGGAUUUCAACUGAACGAGUGUAUUUGUACCAUGAUGUACCACAUUGCUGGCGAUUGCGAUGCUAUAGAUUUUCUGCUUCAGCCUGAGAUUCUCAUGACGUUCAUGAACAUCAUGGACCAGGAGUUCUGGUUCUCAGUGGAACACAAUGAUAUGAUAGAAUGCGUAAUGAAUCAGUUCUUAAAAAGAGCAGAGAAUGACCCAGAGAACUUGGUGAAUGGAAUGGUUGGGAAUCUGCCAAUGGACAGUGAUGAUAGUGAGACAAGUGAUAGUUCCUGUAGUGACGAGGGUUCUAGUGACGCUACAAUGGAGGAUGAAUGUGAGAUAGACCCCAAUGACCUUGAGACAAUAAUUGAGCUCUCCAAUGAAACAGACGACAUCUCUGAAUUAGUACGAGAGACGGGAAAAGUGCUGAAUAUUCAGUCAGUCAAACAAAUAAGCAGUAAGCUGUAUUCCCUUGGACUAAUCACAGGCAGUGAUAUAGACAGCCUCUUACCUCAGGUUGAGUCGCGUGAUGCCAAUCUUGAGAACAUUAUGGCCGAGUUAACAAAAGGUUGCCUUGGUUACGGAAUCUCUUUUCUCAAAUCUGAGCUACUGGAAGCUGUUUAUGUUAAAUUAGGAGGGAGGAAGUUGAGUGAGGAGAAUGUCCUACCUGCCAGUACAGUUAUGUCUCAAUGUCAUGGUCUCUGGAAGGAUAUUCCCAUUAUCCAUUACACGGAAGCAGAAAGCAGACUUCUCGAUAGCGCCCCCUAUACCAAGUUGCUCAAAACACUUGGCUUGAAGAGUCCUUAUCAUAUAUAUCCCAGAAUUCCACAUGACUUAAGCCCGUGGAAGACUUAUGAACUUGCGAGUUUGCUGGGUCCUAUUGAUGAAGAUCAGCUAAAGUUCAAUGUGGAGCAACUGAAACUACACGCUGAGGGAAAACUCAAACUACCAGCUGAAGAAAUCGUUGAAAAAUUUACAAGCUUGUCCGUGAAUGAGAAGAAUAAUUCUAGUAGACCGAAUAAAAAAGUAACAGACCUCCCGUCAGAUAUGUGGUUGUACUACAUUCAAAAGAAUAAUCUCCGUCAACAAGAGGGUGCUACAGCAACACAACAAAGUGGCAUGGUGGGUUAACCCUUAUGGGGCCCAAUUCUAGGUUUAACCCUUCUGGGCCCUGAGGACAUUUAGGACCAUAUCAUUUUCAUUGCGUAGUUCAAGGAGCCUAUGUAAAUGCAUGAUUUUGUGCAGAAGGGGUCUUCAUCAUCUGUUUUCACUAAGAAUCCAUAUUACCAUGGUUACAAGAUAUAUUGGAGAGAUUACAUAACUCCUUUAUAGAGUGUUUCUGAUGUUUAUAAAGUUUGUGUACUAUGUCAUCGCUUUUCGCAUAGUGCUAUAAGUUUGUAAGGAAUAGCUUUCCAAAAGUUACUCUUCAGUUUGAAAUCAGGUAAAAAAGUGUAAAUUAGUGCAGUGUUAGAUAUUAAGCAUUUUUUACCUGGUUAAAUUUGACUAUUUUAGGAGUUAAAUCUUAAUCAUUAUGGAAAAUCAUGAUGAUUGUACAGUGAAACCUAUAAAGUGGAA